ACUACAACAUUUGCACCCUCAACCACAACACCAGCAACAUCAACUACAACAGUUGUCCGGACAACAACACCAGCAACAUCAACUCCAACAACAGUUGCCCCCUCAUCCACAACACCAACACCUUCAACUACAACAACAGUUACAGCCUCAACCACAACACCAGCACAAUCAACUACAACAGUUGCCACCUCAACAACACCAGCAACUUCAACAACAAAAGUUGCACCCUCAACCACAUCACCAACACCUUCAACUACAACAACAGUUACAGCCUCAACCACUUCACCAAAAACUUCAACUACAACAGUUUCCCCCUCAACCACAACACCAGCACAAUCAACUAUAACAGUUGUCCCAUCAACACCAGCAACAUCAACUACAACAACAGUUGCCCCCUCAUCCACAACACGAGGAGCAUCAACUACAACAGUUUCCCCCUCAACCACAAUGCCAGCAAUAUCAACUACAACAGUUGUCUCGACAACAACACCAGCAACAUCAACUCCAACAACAGUUGCCCCCUCAUCCACAACACCAGCAACAUCAAGUACAACAGUUUCCCCCUCAAUCACAACACCAGCUACAUCAACUACCACAACAGUUGCCCCCUCAACCAUAAGACCAGACACAUCAACUACAACAACAAAUGCCCCCUCAACCACAACAACAGCAACAUCAACUAAAACAGGUACCCUCUCAACAACACCAACUACAUCAACAACAGAUGCACCCUCAACCACAAUGCAAGCAACGUCAACUACAACAGUUGCCACCUCAACAACACCAGCAACUUCAACAACAAAAGUUGCAUCCUCUACCACAACACAGGCAACAUCAACUACAACAACUACAACAGUAUUCCCCUCAACCACAACACCAGCAACAUCAGCUACAACAACAAAUGCCCCCUCAACCACAUCACCAACACCUUCAACUACAACAACAGUUACAGCCUCAACCACUUCACCAACAACUUCAACUACAACAACAGUUGCCCCCUCAACCACAACACCAGCAACAUCAGCUACAACAACAAAUGCCCCCUCAACCACAACACCAGCAACAUCAACUACAACAGUUGCCACCUCAACAACACCAGCAACUUCAACAACAAAAGUUGCACCCUCAAUCACAACACCAGCAACAACUACAACAACAAAUUCCCCCUCAACCACAACGCCAUCAAUAUCUACUACAACAGUUGCCCCCUUAAUCACAACACCAGCAACAUCAACUACAACAGUAUUCACCUCAACCACAACCCCAGCAAAAUCAACUACAACAGUUGCCCCCUCAACACCAACUACAUCAACAACAACAGUUGCACCCUCAACCACAACACCAGCACAAUCAACUAUAACAACAAAGGCCCCCUCAACCACAACACCAGCAACAUCAACUACAACAGUUGCCACCUCAACAACACCAGCAACUAAAACAACAAAAGUUGCACCCUCAACCACAUCACCAACACCUUCAACUACAACAACAGUUACAGCCUCAACCACUUCACCAUCAACAUCAACUACAACAACAAAUGCCCCCUCAUCCACAACACCAGAAAUAUCAACUACAAAAACAAAUGCCCCCUCAACAACACCAGCAACAUCAACUGAAAACAGUUGCACCCUCAACUACAACACCACAACAGUUGUCCGGACAACAACACCAGCAACAUCAACUCCAACAACAGUUGCCCCCUCAUCCACAACACCAGCAACAUCAAGUACAACAGUUGCCCCCUCAAUCACAACACCAGCUACAUCAACUACCACAACAGUUGCCCCCUCAACAACACCAACUACAUCAUCAACAACAUUUGCCCCCUCAACCAUAACACCAGACACAUCAACUACAACAACAGAUGCCCCCUCAACCACAACAACAGCAACAUCAACUAAAACAGGUACCCUCUCAACAACACCAACUACAUCAACAACAACAGAUGCACCCUCAACCACAAUGCAAGCAACGUCAACUACAACAGUUGCCCCCUCAACUACAACACCAACAACAUCAACGGUUGCCCCCUCUACCACAACACAGGCAACAUCAACUACAACAGUUGUCCCAUCAACAACACCAGCAACUUCAACUACAACAGUUGCCCCCUCAUCCACAACACCAGCAACAUCAACUACAACAGUUGUUCCAUCAACAACACCAGCAACUACAUCAACAACAACAGUUGCAACCUCAACCACAACACCGGCAACAUCAACUACAACAGUUGUCCCAUCAACAACACCAACAUCAGCUACCACAACAGUUGCCCCCUCAACAACACCAGCAACUGAAACUAGGAAAACAGUUGCCCCCUCAACUACAACACCAACAACAUCAACGGUAGCCCCCUCUACCACAACACAGGCAACAUCAACUACAACAGUUGUCCCAUCAACAACACCAGCAACUUCAACUACAACAGUUGCCCCCUCAUCCACAACACCAGCAACAUCAACUACCAACUGA